AUGUCAACCACAAAGCAUAGCACCGAAAGCGAUUAUGAGAUGGCCUAUCGUUCAACCAUCCAGCCACGUACGGCCGUCCGUACACAGAGCCGUCAAUCCGGAGGCUAUAGCACCGGAGCAGUCAGCGGUGGUGGUGCGUCAAUUUUUUUUGGUUUUACCUGCCUCGUUGAAUAUAUUCUGAUUCAGACUGAAUUUUUCCACUGA